GUCAUUGACAGUGAAACAAGUAACACUGUUUUGUCUGCUUCUCUGUAACCUUGUUUUACUCUCAACAUUCCUUCAAAUUUGUCUUUAACUUUCCACGCUCCUCUUCUCUCUAUCUCACAACAGAUUCAUUCAUUCCUAUGUGGGGUUGUAAUCUCUUUAACACUUUCUCAGAUGUCUUGAAUUGUACUCUCAUCCAUUCAUGUUAAACUCUGUUUUUUUCAUUUCUCUGCAAAUUCUAUAUUCUCCUCAGAUACCACUUUUUUUGGUCACCCUUUUCUUUUAUUUUCUUCAUUCUUUCAAAAAGUUUGAAUUUUGAAAAAAAAAAAUGAAGGAUUUUCCAUCUUGUUUUGGUGAAAAUGCAGUUCAGGUAGCAGAUUCAUCAUCGUCUUCUUCAAGCUCAAGCAAAACUGCUCAGAAUCUGGUUAUUUGUGUUUACCAGUGUUCAAUUAGAGGUAGAUCUUGCUUGAUUACUAUUACAUGGAGUAAGAGUUUGAUGGGUCAAGGUUUUAGUGUUGGUAUUGAUGAUGCUUCAAAUCAGUGUUUAUGUAAAGUUGAUAUAAAACCUUGGGUGUUUUCUAAGAGAAAGGGUUGUAAGAGUUUAGAAGCUUACAGUUGUAAGAUUGAUGUGUAUUGGGAUCUUUCUUCAGCUAGAUUUGGUGUUGGACCUGAACCAUUGGAGGGUUUUUUUGUAGGAGUAGUUGUUGAUAAACAAAUGGUUCUUCUUCUUGGUGAUUUAAGGAAAGAGGCUUUUAAGAAAUCUAAUGCAGUUCCUUUACCUUUGAAUGCUGUUUUUGUUGCUAAGAAAGAACAUGUUUUUGGGAAGAAGUUUUUUGGUAACAAGGUUGUGUUUUGUGACAAUGGUAAAAUUCAUGAUCUUGUUAUUGAAUGUGAUACUUCUGUUGCAAGUGAUCCUUGUCUUAUAGUUCGGAUCGAUAGCAAAACUGUUAUGCAGGUGAAGAGGUUGAAGUGGAAGUUUAGAGGAAAUCAUACCAUACUUGUGGAUGGUCUUGAAGUUGAGGUUUAUUGGGAUGUUUAUAAUUGGCUUUUUGGUACAUCUUUUGGAAAUGCUGUUUUCAUGUUUAGAACAUGUUUCUCUCAAGAUAAAAUUUGGGAUGCUCAACCUGUUUCCGAUGCAAAUGUUUUGCAGUGGUCUUUCUCUCAGAGGUUUUCUGAGACCAAAUUGCAGCAACAAGGUGUUGGUUUCUCACAUAUUUUGUAUGCUUGGAAGAAUGAAUAGAGUUGCGGAAUUCCGGCAUCAUCCAAUUGAGUACUAACAGAAUCGUUAAUGAGUCGUGAAGCUGUGAUUGAAGAAUUACACUUGAUUAAAGAUGAGAACUUUUGUUUGUACUGUUUUAUCCUUUAUAUUCAUACCCUUAAUUUAUCUGUGCAUUUGAAUAGAUCUUAGAAUUUUUCUCCCCCAAUUUGAUGUAUAUUUAUCUUCAAGUGUUAAUUUUAUGAUUCAUGCUACAAAAACUAGAUGGUCAAUUGUUUAUGAUCUGUGUUGUUCAAGUGCUGCUGCUUCAUAUAUUUUAAUCUUCUUGUAUUGAAAAUACAACUUAGCAAAUAUUUAAUGUAGUUACUGCAAAGUGCAAACCAGUAAUGUCCAAUAACGUAGAAGAUAGUCAAGAUACAUAAAAAAAAGAAGUUGGAAUCAAAAUAAUAAUCACAGUGCAGCUGAGAUUAAAGAGGAAGGUUGUGACAGAGAAAGAGAUGAAUGAAUUGCAAUGAAUAUAACACUUUGCUUUCCUUCUUAUUUAAAAAAUUAUUAGAGUUUUUUUCUCUGUUUUAGGGACCUAAAGUAGUGAAAUAAUCUUCAGUGUGAGGGAUCAAUCUUCAUUCAAUACUUAUCAGAAAAUGCAUAACAAUUAAAUUCUUAAUUAUAUUAGGUGCUAAGAGGUGCAAUAUCAUUUGGCUACCAUAUGAAUUAUGAUGAGUGACAUGGCUUUUGAUGUCUAUGCCAAAUCUUUGUUCUAACUAAACUGAUAAGAUAGUGUCGUCUAUUUAUGAUUUCUGGUUCAUGACUCCUUCAGAUAAUGCCCUGCUGCUCUAUUUUAUUACUACUUGCAGAUCUAUUAUUCUCUUUAACAGCCAAAUCUAAUAAUUUAUGUCUUUAAAUCCUGCAGCUUGUCUGUUUAAUGAUUCUGUCAUACAAAUCAUGCCACAGGUAUAAGCAAUGAUUGUUGCUGACAAUGGUCAUUUCUUGUAAGAUGUACAGCUGCAAAUUCAGAUAGCAAUCGCAUAUGUAAGAGCUAAGAAACCUUGGAUUAUUCAAACACAGCAUCAAAUUGUACUGCUGCCAUUAAGUUACAGGUCUUGCUGGCUGUUGCAUUAGGGAUAUUGGUUAAAGAAUCCAUAAAUAGAAGUUUUGUCUUAGAAAUAUAAGCUUACAUUUGACAAAGUAAUAAUUACACUACUUUUUAUUAAGAACUUACUUGUUUUAAUUGCUUAACCAAUGCUCCAGGGCAUUGGUUAGCAUUCUCCUUAAGUUAUUUAUUAAUGUUGUAUCAUCCUUUUCA